AUGGCAUCGACGACUGACGCACAACUGGAGACAAUCGGGGUAGAUGUCACUCUCGCCGAAGACAUUGUUAUUGAUCUUAUUCAGGACGACAGGACCAGCACAUCGUCAGAUUGUUCUUCCCCUCGCCCGUCAGAUUGCGACAACAACGCAUUCGUAUUUGACGACAAGGACGGCCUGGUGGAUGACAUACAGCUGUUGCUGACCAUGCCGGAGUACUGUGAUGUUCUGUUUACAGUCGGACCGGAGAAAGAACACGUUUAUGGUGUGAAGGCCAUCCUUGCUGCGAGGAGUCGACUCUUCCAUCAGCAGCUCCACACCCCUUCCUGCCUCGGGGCAAACACCAGGCGUCGCCGGACCAGUAUCGGAGACAACAUCAAGGGCACAUUAAAGAAUAUCUCCGUCUCGAGGCGUGCCAGUAAUACGGGGACAGAUUCGGUUGAUCCGCUAGUCGCCGGGAGGUACCACACUAUUGUCGUUGAAGAGUUCGAACCUGAUGUCUUUAGGAAGCUGAUGGAGUUUAUCCACUGUGGGAGGCUGUGUAUAACACCAGAGAUACUUCUAGGUGUUUUGAACGCUGGUGAGCAGUACGGCAUCGAAGGCCUGAAGCAAGCUUGUACUCGAUAUUGUGACGUCUUCCUGACCCCACAGACCGCCUGUGUCAUUCUCAAGUCCGUCGAGAAGUAUAUCCAUUUUAAGGCGACCAAGUUAGUCCUAACCAAGGUUCUACAAUACGUCGAUCAAAAUAUCGGAGACAUGGCCGGGCAGCGAAAUUUUUUUCUGCAGGAUACUUCUGCCACAGUAUGUACACUAUGGCAGAAGUAUCCUGCAGAAAAAAAUUUCGCGGCCGGGCACCGCGAAUUCGCCGGCCUCCCACGUGAUGUCAUCCUUCUCCUACUCUCGCGUGAACAACUCGAGAUUUCCGAGGCGACGAAAUUCAGAGUGGCAUUCGACUGGAGCAGACGGCAACUGGAAUCGGACGACUUCGAAAAACUUCGGGAAUUUCUUCGCCCGUUUUUGAAAUGUAUCAAAUUUCAUGAAAUCCCUGCUGCGACUCUGAUGAAAUUUGUCCGGCCCCUGAAUAUUAUCUCUGACGAGGUCCUGAUAAACGCAUUGGCCUACCAAGCCGAUCCAACCAGCGCCAACUUGGAAACGCCCGACGUCUAUCGGCGAACAAUGUCAACAUUGUCACUUGAGCCUUCUCCGCAGGAUGGAAAAAGAAAGCUGUCGUCUACAAGUGACAAGGGUGACACGUUCGCCUCCAAAUAGAUAGUCUGUCACUUAGGCUAUCAAUUAGACAUGCGGCUUUCAAAAACGAGUAUAAGCGUCAAUCGUGAAGAAGCCAAGCAUGUAAAGCGUUGCCUAAAUGUUUGUGGUACUUUACCUAAAAC